CAUGGCUGCGAGGCGCUACGGCGACCUAGACGCCCUCCACCUCGCGAUGUGAGAACCCGCAAACGGUCCUCGAACGAUCGCUCGCAACGAUCCCACGCGUUUCUUUUUUUUUCUUCGCUCCCCCUACGACUAUUUUCUCUUUUUAUCGUAACGAGCCGCGACGUCCGACACAUCGCAAGGACGACAGUUCUCCGACGCGACGGUGCCAGUAGUACAUGCAUCGCGAUCGUCUCGGAUCUACGACCUCGCGACUCGGGAAGAUACUCGACGAGCGCGCAAGUCUCCGGGAAAAAUUCGUUCCUCUUACUCACGAAGCUGGAGGAAUCGUCCAACAUGUUUGUCUGAAUCCCGUUUACGCUCCGACAGAAGUAGAUCGUGUCCGGGACGUACGGUAUGAUAUCGUUGCGUCACGAGGAUUGGAAACUUGGAAGGAUUCUGGCUCUGCUUCCGCUGUAAUCGAGGGUGAACGUUCCGAGUUACGAGUGAUGCAAUGUGGAAUCGGUUCGACGAGACGUCGUGAAAAAGGAUACGAGCGAUUCGCUUCGUGGACAACGCGAUGUGACGAGACGAGUGGUCAGAAUUUCGAAGGAAAAACGAGUUGUAUGAUCGUGCGUCUCGUGGCGAAGCCGAACGAAGCAUUCCCGCAGCGAGACGAUAAUUGCAUUCCCUGUUAAUAAAUUCGUCGAGGAAUGUAGAGAAUUCACCUCGCGAAGACGUUGUAUAUAAAUGUUGAGAGAUCGUGGACCAUGAGCUUGCUCUUAGCGGGUGGACCUGUAGGCUAACAAUUCUAUAUUAAAUGUUUUCACGAUAUUUAUCGCGAGUCAGUAACCUUUAGAAGAAUUCGAUCGACGAAGGAUGACGUAGAAAUGAUCAACGGAUCGUGUGUACAUGUUAUCAGCUUGUAUUAUGACUACUGUGGUUCUCGUGGACACGUUGGUUCAGUGAAAGGGUGAAAUGCACACAUUGGAUUAUGCUGCAAUAGACGGUAUACAGGAUUCUCGAUGAUCCAGCAGUCGUGGCAAUGAUUUUACUGGCGUACGGCUGGAUCCCCGUCGGGAUCGUCUGGUGCAUCGUGGUUUGACAACCGCCUUGACGAACAGUACGCCAGUAACACGAGUUACAGUUCAAAAGGCCGAUGCGUUUAUCGACGAAACGGUGGCUUCUACUGCUUAGGCCGAGCGAACGAGAGGAAGACGACGACAAGGAAGAAGAAGAAGAGGAAGAGGAAGAAGAAGAAGAAGAAGAAGAAGAAAAAAAAGAAGAGGAGGAGAAGCGUGCUCGAGGAAAGCGCGCGCAUCUCGUUUGAUUUACUUCUCUUUUCCCCUCUCGUCUGGACGCGUGCAGCAGCCCGUGGCGUGCACGUGCGUGUGUACAGUGUCCGAGGAACCGACGAUGGAAUAUCGGUGAAGUCACGAGGUCACCGCAGAAUGCCUGAGCCGAGGGCGAAGCGCUGCAAACACUGUGACGAGUCUGGCCACAGGUUGGACAGCGGCUCCCCGUUCUGGAGGAUUCAGCUCGAUCAGGAUCUCCUGGACACCAUCAGCGCGAUAUACCCGGAGUGGUUUAAGGACUACACUAAUACCCGAGCCUCGACCUCGUCCUCGCCCGGCACCGCUUCCGAUGGUCAGUUGAACGCCGAGGGCAUCGUGGCCGCCGACGCUAGUGCCGUCCCCGAAUACAAGGUCACCAAAGGUGACGCAAAGUCGACGAAGUCGAAGGCGAAAAAGGCGGACAGCCUCAAGGACAAGGAGAGGGACCGGAAGGAAGCCAGACGGGAAUCCAAAGACGAGAGGGACGGUGGAAACGGCAAGAAGGGGACGAAGCCCUCGCCGCAGCAGGACAAAGUGGCGGACGUGGCAGGAAGGAAGACCGCGGGUGGUGUUCCAGGAUCGCAACAAGGCGGAGAGAUGGCCGAGGGUAAUCAGUCGCCGCCGAAGGCGGAGGUCGACGACUCGCCGCUUCAACACGCCAUGGAUCGCAACAAGGAAUCGCUGAAGGUGAAGCUGAUGCUGAGACGACCCAUCAAUCAGCUGGUUGCACAAGGUAUCAUGCCACCUUUGAAGACGCCACCGGCGUUUCACGAGCAACGCAAGCAACUGGAGCGGGCGAAAACCGGUGACUUGCUGAAGGCGAAGAUCCAGCAGAGACCGGGCCGGGAGGAGCUGGUCAGGCAGCACAUCCUUGAGGAUGUGGGUCACGUGGACCCGAGCCUGGCCGAGAGGCAACGGAUGCUGAAGAAGGCCAGGCUGGCCGACCAGCUGAACGACCAGCUAAGUCAUCGACCUGGACCGCUCGAGCUCAUUCAAAAGAAUAUUCUCCACACGGAGGAGCCCAUUGAAAGGGCGGUCAAAGAGGGGCACAUUCCCUUCAAAGCCACCUGCGAGGGCCAGGUAACGAAGCCCCAACACCCGGACCACUACAUCACCUUUGAGGAUGACUCCCAGAGCUCAGAAGGUGCACCCUCGCCGCAGCUGGAGUCGCGAUCGGACGUUCUCGAGACAGCGGCGGCCUCGGCGGGUAUAGUGACCGUCUCCCUUAGUAUCCCGACAACCGGCGGUGCCGUGGUCGUGUCUUCCACGUCACCAGUCUUCCAGCAAGCGUCGAACGAGUCGACGAUACAAACGUUCGCGGAGCUUUGCAACACUGUAGUCGGUUCGCAACAGCAACAAUCUCAGCAGCAGCCGCAGCACAAUCAGCAACAUGCUUCCACGCAGGCGAGUCAGACGAACGGUCCAUCGACGACGACCCUCCUUCCACUGGCGCCGGCGCCGAGUCCGAUGUCCUUGGGUUCGACCACGUCCAGCCUGAGUCCCCUUUCCAAUAUAUCGAUAGCGUCGCCGCCGGCACCACCGCCGGCCGCCAUCACCCCCAGGCCCCAACCGAGCCCUAUAGCCGCCGCAGCCGCCUCCACGUGUCAAAGGAGCGACGCGCCCGGCAAGGAUAAGAACAGGAAGAAGUCGAAGACUAAGAGCCAACCGAAGACUCGCACCAUCAAAUUUCACGAGUACAAAGGCCCUCCAAAUGCACAGAAGACCUCGGUGUCGUCGACGACUUCCGGCCUCGGUUCGGCUCCGCCCGGCGAGACCAGCUACGAGCUUCUCCUCCAACAACAACAGCUAUUCCUCCAGUGGCAGCUCGAAUGGCAGCACAAGUAUCCUCAGAUCAUUCUACCAGCGGCGCAAAAGCCGUUGUCCCUUAACAGCAGCAACGCUAGCGAUGCUGGAAGCAAUAGCAACAGUUUGAACGUGCCAAGCCCCGCGCCCUCGAAUUCCUCUAACAACCCCUCGGAGCAACCUCCGUUAAGGCCACUUGGCAAAUUAGAGGAUAUGAAAGUAAGUGAUCUCAAAGUGGAACUGAAACGUCGGAACUUGCCGGUGUCCGGCUCGAAGCCGCAGCUGAUCGAGCGGUUAAAGCCGUUCACGGAAUCGUCCAGCGGUAAUUCGACGUCUAGUUCGAACGGGCCGCACGUGACGCAUAUGGGUCACAUAUUGAUGGACACCCCGGGGCCGGUCACGUCCGAUGACUCUAGCUCCCACGCGAAGAGUCCCGGAUCCAUGAUCAAAGAUGAACCGAACAGUCCUCGGACGGACUCGCCCCACGGCAGCGAACACGAUGACCCAUCGAGCCCUCCAGCCCGUGUUUCAGGGGACGAUAUAAUCAAAGAACAGCGGAAGCGGAUAGAGGAAUUGCAACGCGAACUGUUCAAGUCGCAACAACAGCUUCAACAGAUCCGACAGACGCAACCAUCGGUUCACGCCGACAAGCUAGUGUUGCAGCAACGCAUCCAGAACAAAAUGCAGCAACAGCAGCUGGCGCUACACCUGCAGCAGUUACAGAAUCUACAGCAACAACAACAACAGCAACAGCAGCAGCAGCAGCAGAAUCACCAACAGUCGCAACAGCAGACUCAACAACAACAUGCAACGUUCCAGCAACUGAACGCGAAAGCCAGUUUGGCUGCGUUCUUGCAAGCACAGCCGAACAAUACUGCUACCAUUCUAGACCCUUCUAAUUUAACGGCGAUUAAUAACAAGAAGAACCAAACGAAGAACAACGCGACUGUGCAAAUCCCCGCUGCGAUAGUUUUCAAUCUACCUAAACCUACCAAGAUGAAUAGCACUCUGUUGAGUGCAUUGGUAGCGCAGGCACAGGCGCAACAGCAACAACAUCAGCAGCAACAGCAGCAGCAACAGCAAGCUACUACGACUGAGGAUGGAAAACCACCGCCACCUCAGUACGAUGAAGCCGCGAAAUUGUUAAAGGUGAAAAUUGAGCCAGUCCAGAAGAGUCAUAUCAAAAGUCAGGACGUAGACGACGUGCUCGAGAUUCUAAUAAAGAACGGCGAAUUACCGGCAAGCGCGGCACAGGAUCCAACGACCUUGUCUACUCCGAACAGGCAGCUUCAACAGAACUUAGUGUUCACGGCACCAGCGGAUAGCCGAAGCCACUCGUUGGUGUUCACUGCGGCUAGUCCGAUCAGUCCGAUCAGUCCCAUCGCGAUGGAGGUCACCCAGAGCGAUUGCGUGAGUUCACCUGCACCGGCGCCACCGCCCCCGCCACCAUUGCCUUUGGCAACGUUCUCUAUACAACUGCCGACCGCGUUGCAACAGUUGCAGCAACAGGAAGAGAUCUCAUCGUUCAGUACGGACCUGCUCGCCUCCGAGGGCGACUUGGACACUGCGAUGCUUCUCAGCCCACAGGAGGCCCAGCAAGCGUCGCCCGAUCCUCAACCCCCGCAAGAAGUCACAUCGUCGGACAACGCGAACUUAGAUUUAAAGGGACUUGGGAUAGACCUCGAAACCCUCGACACAAUGGACUUCAGCCAACUGGACUGCGAUCUCGGAGUGAAAAUGGAAACACCACAAGAACUAAUGGAUAUCGGUGACAUACCGAUGGACGUUGAGGAUUCUGACUGGCUCGAUUCUCUGAUGCGGCAGUCUCCUCCGACAUCCUCCACGACCACGGUGUCGAAUCAUCACUCGGCACCACCGACGAGUUUAUCAAGCGGGGCAGACAUUUACGAUCCACUGUUGACUAGCAGUCAGGAUCCGUUCGAUUUGUUCAAUAUGGAGGAUUCGGAUUUCAAGAUGUCCUCUGAUUUAUCUAUGACUUGGGAUAAGGUCGACUUCAUGGCCUAGCCCGAGGUUCUACCUCGGGGCUCGGCACUGUGUACUUAAUCAGCGAGAGAAUGCUGAGAGGAGAAAAAGAUGAUGCGAGACACAGAAACGUGCUGCGGACCCGAAGACGUAACAAGUGCUACACAAGUGUUGUGACUACGUCUGUGUCUAUCUUUCUUUCUCCCUAAUUUUUUUCUAGUGCAUGUUCAACGAUCCGUUUAGCAGAUACUUGCCCCUGACACUGUUACCUAAACUCCAACGCUAAUGGACGGAUCGAAUCGUACUUACGCGUGGUACUUACGUUUCGUACGGGAAAACACUACGAGUAAAUAGCUGUACAAUUUUCAUGGAAAUUGAGAACUUUUUAGGUGAGUAAUUUAAUGAAACAAGAGAAAAUGAAAAAAAAUGUGUGAAUAAUGAUAUGGUGCACAAUAUCGUUAGAAGAUCGUGAAAAGACGCGAGGGCGAGAACAUAACGAGACCACGAAGCAAUCUUUCAAAAGAUUUUGUAUAAUAGAGAAUAACAUAGUUAUCAGUGUCGCGUAUUAUACUUCUGUCUUCCUUGGUCAGUAUGAGAACCAAUGCACGGAACCCUCGUUCUUUCAUUUCGCGACAUUCGAUCGAGCGUUCGUUGGGAGUAUCGUUUGUUCCGAUCUUCGGAAUCUCGAUCGAACGAAAACAGUAUCACGUAGCUCGAUCGAUCGUUCGAGAACGUAAUGAACGGACAAAAGCGAAAAAUGAACGUAACAGCGAGAAGAAAUUCGCUGGAACGAUAAACAAAAGUAACGACGGACGAGUCCCGUUGACCGGCAAAACAAGAAGAUGUCUUCAAAAUUCUCCAAAGAAUCUCUUUACGAGCGCUUUUAGCUAGUUUUUACUAUCCAAUCGUGUGUUGCUUGAGUUUUAAUAAUUUGCGAAUAGCGUGUGUGUUAAACAGGAAAAAAAAAUGGGAAAGUUGCGCAACGCGUUUUUCUCGUGUGCCUCCACUUCCCAAUAUUACUCUUCCUCCCUUGACAUCCGCCCCAUCCAAGACUUUACGGAAUCUUACUCAAUCACAACGAAUGUAAUCGGGAUAAUUAUUUAUCGUAAUAUAACUUAUACAUACGCGUAUAUCCACGAACACACAGAAUCAAUUUCGACGGCUUUCCCGCACAGUUAUUAUACGUGUAAUUUUUCUAAGGCAGAGCAUGUGAUGUUAGACGUUACACAUACAUAUUUUAAUCAAUAAUCGCAUUAGGAAUUCAUUCGCGGAAUGGGUGCGGACAAAAAGGUGUAUAUCGAUGUCUGGGUAUCGUGCGGUUCUCCUGUUCAUUCGUUCCCCUCUACGAAACUUUUUUGUUGUUUUUGUGACAUUCCAUGAUUCCGCAACUCGCAAACAAGUAUGAGAUCGAAGCUACGCGUAACGCGAGCCGCGCUUUUGUAUGAUUUUAAUACAAAAGUGAAAAAGGGAUUCGUCUCAGAAUCUUGACAGGCCGAUCGAAGUCAUAUGGAAUUUUAUAUUCUCUCUUAUAUCAUGCAAAGAAGAUUGCACGUGUUUCUAUGUAUAUAAAUUUAACUAUAGACAACUUCACGACUACGUUUUGUCGAACGUACACGGGAAAGAAGAAGAGUGCUGUGCCUCGCAUUUUUCUGAGACAUUCCUCGCAGAACCAAGCGGCUUCGUACGCCGAUGUUAACGAUAAAGGAUCGCACUGCCUAAAUCGAUAAUAAAGAGCAAAAGUGACGAAUGCCAGUGGACAGUGUUAACGGAUGUUAUUAAUAAGCGUCGAAAUGUAUGUGAGUGCAUCGAAACGGUGUCAGCGUACGUGAUCAGCGAUGGUGCUAAUCGAAACCCCAGUUAGAAAUAUCAGUCCCCGAGACGUCGCGAUCGAAUCGCGAAGCACCCUUCGCCUUCGGAAUGAAUUUUUUUUAAACUUCCGAAUCAAUUUCAGUUAGUUGAAAAUUCGCGGUGAAGAUCAUGCUUCGGCGAUUCCGUCGGAUUAACGUAAGCGUGUUACCCUUUAUUUUCACGAUCGAUAAUGGCACUUCGCUCAUGCAUCAUCCUCGUUCAUCCCACAUCGCACAAUGAAGCAGCAAAAGUAUGCAACAUUCCAAACGUUCACAAACAAUAGAGAAACCACCACCUGUUGGCCUCGGGACACCAUGUUCUCGUAGAAACAGCGAAGAAGCCAGAGUCACCCUCUUAAUCCGCGAUUGUCCCUUAUGCCACGUACCAAUCGCGUUUAUUGUCCGCUGCGAACGAUCCCGGGACCGUGAGCGCAGUCGAAACGUUGAACGAAAUUUCUGAAUCAGUGUGACAGUGACUCCAGGCGAAUAGAAACUGUAGCCGCUAAUCGGUUAUCAUUUAAGUAAACUCGAGGGUCGAUUUAUAUUCAAAAUCCGUGCAUUUAAGUAUCGAAACCGAUUCCCCUUUACUUUGUUCGUUUGUUUGAACAUUAGAAAUCGCUUCGUAAUCGUGCUACUAACUCUGCAUUUAAGUUCUAAUCGCGGGAAUAGAUAACGCGAGAGAAUUCAGGAGAGAGAAAGAGAGUAAGGAAGAGAGAGAGAGAGAGAGAGAGAACAUGGUGCGCAGAUUCGGGAUAAGAGAAGUCGUGCCAAAAAUCUUCCCUUGUCGCUGCGUAUCGCUUCGUAUUUAGAAAUCAUAUCACCCGUUGCCAUGACAAUAAAGAGUUUGUAAAAUACUGUAUCAUACCUGAAUCAGCGUGCUGCCGAUGCGUUUCCGAAAGGUGAGCUUUCGCCAUGAUGGAAGAGCGAAAGCUGAGUCUUCAAUCGAGCGGACGAUGAAAUCGUAUCACGCUAUCCAUCGGCCUGCGGCAUACGAUCCCUCAUAUUUUUCGUUUCGCUCUUUGUUUAAACGUAUCGCAGCAAGUAUCGUUGCUUAGCAUUGCAAUCGUGUAAUUAUUUCACUUUCUUCGAAUCAUGAAUCAUGAGAUCUAUCGAUGAUUGAUUGAUUUGUCAGGCUGUGCGAAUCUGGUAGUCUGUUGUGAGGCGCGUGCGAGUGUUAUGUUUGUAUAAUCCAGCGUGUGAAAGUGUCGAUGAGUAUAAGUGAAUAAUGAUAAAAACGAGAACGGAAUAAGCGGGCGAUCACACGCGUCCGUUCGUAAAGGUCUUUUUGCAAUAACUACUUGCGAUGACAUCGGUCGCGUCGGAAGUAACGUUAAAUCGAAAGAGAGAAUGUACUACGAGCACACGCGAAUGCAUGGACUAAGUACAUACACACAUAUGAUACAAUCACAACAUAUUUUGUAUGAGCAUGCGAAAAAGAAGAAGGUAUAACUUUUGUUAAGUAUCUAUGAAUUUAUUGUAAUGACGUACGUUUAAGUAAUGGUCACGUAAUUAUUGCUAGAGAGAGUGUUAUUUAUUUUUAUUUGUUGCAAAUUUAUCGAUUGCCUUCCAUUUGAGUAAAUAAAUAAAUCUAAAGUUAUUUA